GAAUGAGUUUCAAUUUUACUGGAUUACAGAACAAAGAAAGGGGAAAGGGACACCCUGCUCUGUUAAGGGAAAAAGAGAAAUAAACUUGGAAUAAAUACAUAAAUAACACACCAUACAACGGGAGAUCGAGGUCGACAUUGUGGUGAUCGGGAUUAUGAUGUUUUAGCAGACGCUACGGCUACAUUGUGGAUGGAAAUUGUGAGCGAUUCUGAUGGAUUAAAACGGGGGAAUAAACCUAUUCCGGGAUUGACAGCAGCAACAAGGCUAUUUAAUCGCUAAUUAAGAGGCAUGGCUCAGAUGAGGAAGCUGGCAUGCGACGGCAUCAGGACCAACUCCCGGGGUGAGCUGCAGGUCCCACUGGUGUCGGCCAGGCAGGAAAUCCUUACCAGCUUGGUGUCUGCACUCGACUCAGUGUGUAUGGCGAUGUCUAAGCUUAACGCUGAGGUUGCGUGCGUCACGAUACACGAGGACAGCGUCAUUGCAGUUGGCACAGAAAAGGGCAGAGUGUUCCUCAACUCCAGGAGGGAAAUCCAGACAGACUUCUACAAGUUUUGCCGGGUACCGUGUCUGCAAAAUCUGACCACAUCAAAUGCCCAUACCAAAGACCAGGAAGGCGAUCACAGCAAACUGAGUAAGGACAGUGAUCACGGGAAACAGAGAGCUCCAUCAGAUGCUCAAUCCAACAUCUUUGUUCUGAGGAAGAUGGUGGAGGAAGUCUUCACUGUCCUUUACAGUGAGGCUGUGGGGAAGAGCAGCCUGGUCCCUGUGCCUUAUGAGUGGAUCCAGAAGGACCCCAGCUGUGUUGUGGCUCACGGCUUGCCUGAUGGAGUCACCCUGAAGAAGCCCUCUGAAUACGACACCAAGACGCUGAUGAAGAUCCUGGAGCAGAGCCACAGAAUCCACUUUACAGUCAAACGGCCAGCAGAAGAUUCGUCUCGAGAAGCCAAGCCCAGCUCAGACGUCAAUCACAAUUCUUCCUCUGCAGUCAUGACGCCAAGCAGCCACGGCCCAGGAAAGACUGCUGCCACAGGGGUCACGACAUCAUCGAGUCCUGCCACGUCCAGUAACUCUGUCCUGUCGAGCUUCCUGUACGGCAUGCCCAUGUCCUCCAAACCUCACCCUGAUGGUAAGCUGGAUUUUAAACCCAUGUCCCUCCUCAACCUGGGCAAAGACAGAGCGACCACCUGGACACCAGGGACAGAAAAGAUGGGAACGCCGAUGAAAGACUGUGCCAGUAGUGAUGAGUCAUCAAGACCUCCUGGUGAACAGGGUCAGAGCCCUCCUGGUAUCCACAUCUCUAAGAGGCUUCUCUUCUCCAUAGUGCAUGAAAAGUCAGAAAAAUGGGAUUCUUUCAUCCGGGAAACUGAAGACAUCAACACACUGAGGGAAUGUGUUCAGAUCUUGUUCAACAGCAGAUACGCUGAGGCCCUGGGUCUAGAUCACAUGGUGCCUGUUCCUUACCGUAAAAUAGCCUGCGACCCUGGAGCUGUAGAGAUCAUCGGCAUUCCUGAUCAGAUCCCCUUCAAGAGACCUUGCACCUACGGAGUUCCCAAACUCAAACGCAUCCUGGACGAGCGCCACAGCAUCCGCUUUAUUGUCAAAAGAAUGUUCGAUGAAAGGAUUUUCACGGCUGCUGGCAAGAUUGCAAGAGAGGAGGGCAAGCAUGACCUGGGCUCCAUGCCUGAAGACGGCUUCCCUGACAGUCUGUGCAUCCUGCCCACCGCAGUCGAGCUGGUCAGCAACCCUCACAGCAGCAGAUCAACAAGUGCAUGUGUGAGCCCGCUGGCCGACUGUGAAGCAGGUCCUUCAGGAGAUUGCAUUCCUUUGAAACGGAUUAAAACGGAGCCUCCAGAUGGGGAAGUCGUUCAAGUGAUGGUGCCAGAGCCGGGUACCAGUGGAGAGGAGCCGAACGACUCUGUAGCGGAGCCAGUCGCAGCUGCAGCGUGUCCAUCUACAGCCUCACCCUCUGCUCCCCCUGCACCCCCUGCACCCCCUGCUCCCUCUGCUCCCCACCACCCGAUGGAAAACCAUGCAGCUGAAGCUUUGUCCCCGAGCACGGCCUCGCAGAGCAUAAGAAGAUCCUCUGAAGCGGGCAGUUUGGUGGAAGACAUCGGUGAAAUGAUUCUUCAGCUUCGGAGACAAGUGGAGAGCAUCUUCAGCAUUAAGUUUUCUGAAGCUCUGGGUCUUCCUGAACCAGCCAAGGUGCCGUACUCCAAGUUUCAGAUGUACCCGGAGGAUCUGUACGUCACCGGGCUGCCAGAGGGAAUCUCUCUGAGACGGCCCAACUGUUUUGGAGCAGCUAAACUACGCAAGAUCCUGGCUGUGAGCACCAACAUCCAGUUUGUCAUUAAAAGGCCUGAGCUGUUAACAGAGCCAGUAAAACAAGAGAUGCCUUCCAUGCCUGUUUGUGAUUCAGAGCUGGAUGCCAAGGACACCACGCCGGUAACAGAGGACACUGCAGCUGUAUCCAAGAGACCUGGAUUCUCAGAGUGCCUGGAAUCCAAACUGUCCAGGAUUGACCUGGCCAACACGCUGCGAGAGCAGGUCCAGGAUCUGUUCAACAGGAAGUAUGGGGAGGCAUUGGGCAUCAAGUACCCCGUCCAAGUGCCUUACAAGAGGAUCAAAAACAACCCCGACUCAGUCAUCAUUGAGGGCCUUCCCCCUGGCAUCCCGUUUAGAAAACCCUGCACCUUUGGCUCCCAGAAUCUGGAGAGGAUCUUAGCGGUCGCUGACAAGAUCAGUUUCACCAUCACCAGACCUUUUCAAGGACUCAUUCCAAAACCAGCACCUCGACGUGUCACUUUACUAAAGAAGGCCUACGCCUCGAUAAGUGAUGAAGACGAUAUCAACCGCAUGGGGGAGAAAGUUGUCCUCCGAGAGCAAGUCAAGGAACUUUUUAACAAGAAAUAUGGCGAGGCUCUGGGCUUAGACCGCUCCGUCGUGGUUCCGUACAAACUAAUCCGUGGCAGUCCAGAGUCUGUAGAAGUCAGUGGCCUUCCAGACGAUAUCCCCUUCAGAAACCCCAACACAUACGACAUUGUGUGCCUGGAGAAAAUCCUUCAAGCUGCCGACGAAGUAUCGUUCAACAUCAAGAGCCAGCUACAACCUUUUGCAGAAAUCUGUAGCCAAGCUUGUAACACGGUAGGAACAAACGCCUCCACCAAUCGACGAAAGCGCAAGAGAGUCCAAGAGAGCAACAGAGUACCCGCCUCCUCUGACCUGGGGAUAUCAACCAAUCAGAUUCCAGUGAUGCAGUGGCCCAUGUACAUGGUGGACUACAGCGGAGUGAAUAUGCAGGUUCCCGGGAAAGUCAAUUACUGAAGGGCAAACCUGGACUGCAGCAAAGGGAUUAAAGGAGGAGUUUGUCGAAUUGACGUUCGUGACUCUUCCACAUGCGACACUAACACUUUUAUCCGAGUGCUACGACUAAACAAUCUCUCCAGACUGAGAAUAGAGAGCUGAAGGCUUGACUCUGUGAAUGACGAAGAACAACAGAAUGUAUGUGGAAGAAAACGUUGGAGGGCAAAAAGCGUGGUUUGUUUUCUGUCUCCUGCCUCCACACAGUGCCAGCAGGACAGCUAUCAAUUUUUAUUUUCCUUCUAGAGCUGAUAAAUGACAGUAAUAUUGUUUUUUAUGCAGCUGAAGUCAUGUUGUUUGCCCUCACAUUAACAAAAUGUCUAUCCACUGAGUCAUGUUGUUGGAUCCAGCAUUUGGUUGCAAUGUAUUACUGACAAAAAUGUCUUUGAUAACAAUCUGGUUCCAUAAUAUUCAGAUAUUUGUACUUUUUAUUUAUUAUAUUUAUUGAAGUAUAACAUUAUGUGCAGGGAUGUAAAAUACAUUAUUCUGUUAUACAGCUCCUUGAGGAACUAUCACAACACUAACACACACACUACUCCUCACCCAUUAUCUACAGGUAACCUCUGACGUCAACAAAACAGCAGAAAUGAAGUGUCUUAAUCCAUUUUACAUGUUGGCAAUUUUCCUCAGUCAUGCACAGGAUGGGAAGCUAUUUUUAAAUUGUUUUAUAAUGUACUGCUGUGUUUUAAAUGCAAAUUAUAGAAACCUAAAUAAUCUAAAUUAAGUUGUUAUGGUUUAGCAGAUUCUUGAUAGUUCAUAAAUGGUUAAAAGGUCUGCAGCCAGAUCCCUGUCAACUUUACAGUUAGCUUAAAAAUUUCCAUAGCUGUCUUGAAUUGUGUCAGCAAAUAGUUCUUCACAAACUUACAGUAUACUGAUUACUUAGAUAACAUUAGCUAGUUAGCGCAGUUGUCAAGAAUGUUAUCAUUGAAUCCUAGGUAAUUUUGCAAUACAAGCUAACAUUACUUUUGGCUCGGAUUUUUUCAACUUAAAACAAGUUUAACCAGUGAUGCUAGUUUGAGAAAAGUUGAAAGUCACUCCCUUUUUCCAUGAAAUCUUUAAAGCUAUUGCUAGCUGUCAUUACUCAGUCAACUAAAGUUACAGUUAACCUUAGCCAUGAAUUUACACCCAUCAAAACACUAGGGAACUGUAAAGCUAGCUUGGAUUGUAUCAUUAUUCAGUUUUAACACUACUUGGCUAGCUAUGUAUUUAUUUUUAUAUUUUGUAUCACAUCAAAGCGGAUCAUUAGUCUGCAAAUUUAUGCAGAGCUUCAGACAGCUGUACAAUCUGGAUCAUGAAUUCCCAGAUAACACUACUCUACAAGAUGACAGCUGUAAGCUGUGUUUUUACUGCUUUCUGUCUUUUACUGCUUUCUGUCUUUUACAUCUGUCGUAAAGUAAUGUUAGGUAGUUGAAAGCACUCAUUUGCUUUACUAGUAACUCUGUUGUUGGCUAGCUGUUAGCUAGGACUUGGUGCUUUUUAUUUAUCCUAAUGUGUCAUUGUGAAACAGUUUGUUGAAGUAGAAAUGGUCAAAUGCUAAUGUCUAAAGGUAGCUAAUAAGUUAUUAAAAUCAUUUUUAAAUUUAAAAUGACCAUGUUAAAGUUCAUAAUGUCUUACAUUUUUAAUCCACUACUGAGCAAAGAAAUUUUAAUGUUUUUCCCGAUUCGUUUCAUUUUAAUGAAUUCUACAUUUUAAAUACAGCUCUCCAGCUUCCCCUCCUGAGCAUGACACCGGAGAAAAUUAACCGCUUUGUGAAAAUGGUGAUUGGAUUUUAUGGCAACAUGCAAACCAUCCAAAUUGAGAGACUGUUUUCCUGACAAUUAAAAAACAAGUUAAGGACAUAUCUGCAGUAAACACAAUACCUUCAGCAAACAGCCUCUUUAUGUUAGCACCACACUAACAACGUGUAAGAUAUCUCAUUAAAAGUCAGCCUGAAUGUAACAUGUAAAGGAAAGAAUGGUAUGUUAUUCUGCGAUGACUGUCUCUGGACUAACAAUAUUUAAUAUGCUGUACCUUAACGCCAAUUAGGCCUUUGAAAUAAAAUGUGUUGCCUUGCA